AUGAGAAGAAGAAAGCCAAGAUUAAGUGCUUUAGAGAGGUUAUUAAGGUAAUGACAUUCAAACCUCUUAAGUCUGAUGAUUUGAAAUUCAAAGAAAUAAGACAUACUGCACUAUCAUGUUUUAACACAAGCGUAGCUAGUUCCUUUGUCUGAAGUACACAAGUUCAGUCAGCAUGAUUCAUAUCUUCCAUGUCAACAAAUACACGCGCCCGCUUCAGCGUUUCGUUAUGUUUUUAAAUAUGCAAGUCGAGUCAGAGUUAUUUUGAUGGCCUCCUUAGUAAUCCCACUUGUUUCAUUUUCCUUCGUCAUCAUGCGACAAAAAAGAUAUUUUUACCGAUUAAAAUGCAUGCUUUUCGACCCGAGUCAAGUUCCAUAAUUUUGCUGUGAUUUACGUAUGAUUUUCGCAACCCUAACUACGACGUGACUCUAUGCAAAGAGUUCAAAAUAUUACCAAUUAAGACCCUCUAGCUCAAAAUAACUUACACUCAGUGGAAGAUAUUAAAACAGGUAUCGCCGGUGAUACAGGAAACAGUGUAUACAGAACAAUAUUUUUUCAUUGUCAAUGUCGUUGGACCGUGUUUCUUUAGAACGAGCUUGAAUGUUGAAUGUUCUUCAUAACACUAUUUCCUUCAGCUAAACAGGAACACCAGAAAAGGUCAAGGAACUACAGAUAGCGUAUUCUGCUUUGCGAAGAAAAACGUUGAGGUGUUCAAAUUACAUAUUUUGUUGUCGUCUUCGUUUCAGUGAGGACAAUAAAAAGAGUCAAGUACAAUACGACAGAACCUGCUUUUGUUGUCGGGUUUUCGGGAAAAGUGUGUUAUAUUGUUUAAUGCAAGUUAGCGGAAAAGCAUUCUCUGCUUUCAUUUCAUUUUCCUUCCUUGGAAUAAACGUAUUGAAAAUUCACUUUUUAUCAUCAUAUAUAGCUUGUCAUUGAUUGAAAUAAUAAGACGCAAAAAUAUAUGAUCAUAUUUUAAUGUUAACAAUGACUCAAAUUCUCGUAAAACUGACCGAAUGGAAAGUAAUUGUAUUGUUAAGUGUGUUUCUUUUUUGUGGUUUCCGCUUUUUGGAAAUCUGCGUUAGACCCCAAAAACCAACUUUGUUUUCAAACGGAUGAAAAAGCCAGAAGCCAAAAUGCUAUUAGAAUACUAUGUAAAAAAAAUCCCUUCUUUGCAUUUCCGAUUAGUUUUAACUUGACUGAUUUUUUCAAGCAAUGCGCAAAACCCAAGGCCUGAAAAGCGCGCUUAAUCUAAAAUGGCAACAUUACGUCAUCCAUAUGGUUAGAAAAAAUAACGCGUUCUGUUGUGGCUUUAUUUUAAUUAUAUCAACAACAAAAAAUGUCUCUUGAAUUAAAUAAUGCAGUUUCCGACAGUGCCUAGUUAAUUUUCGAAAUACGAAAAGAACUGACGGGUAUUUUUAAUUGCGUUUUAAGGUCACUUUCAGAAGUUUUUAGAACAAACUGGCGCUUAAUAUGAUAUUUCGCAGCCUUUCUCGAACUGAGCGGGUCAAAGCGGUGCGGAUUACACAAUCCUCUCUCGAACCCCAAUUGUCUAUUAUCAAUUUCAGCUCGAUCAUUAAAAAUAUGUCUGCAUCUUUCUUUUCAGACACGUAUUACGUUAGUCUCGCGUUCGUAUGAAUAGAAGGCAUGCCAAGAAUACGCCUUAAUACUAGACAUACAGGUGGUAAUAUAAGUUAUGUGAAUGAAUAUUCUCGUCGCGAAUAGACGUGAUGCUUGCUCAAAUACCAUAAAAUCCGCAGCUGUGGGUAUUAUAAAUAAUGAAUUAGUUAUAAAAUCUUUUCAAUUUCGCAAUGUGGGCAUGAACACAUGCGUAAGAUUUUUACUUAGUAAUUCGGCAAUGGCGAAAGCGGAAGAUAACUUCUAUUUUCCUUUGUUUAUUUAUGAUAUCAAUGAAACUUUAUUUCAUAAUCUUUCCCCAUAUCAAAAGCUGACCCCCUCAUUGCCAUAAAUAUCUCUCUCAAAAAUUAGUCUUCCAUUUUCGAAUCUAGGAUGUUUCUCAAUAUUUUGCCGCAAUUGGUAAAUUCUCCCAGAGCAGUCCAGUUGCAUUCUACAAUGACGGUGACAGCACUGCUAUUAAACAAUGGUGUUUGUAUUCUUUCAUGCAGACAUACAAUUGCACAAUGUGCAAGGAGUGAUAAAGGCCAUUUACUUUUAUAAAGAUAAUGGCUUGUGACAUACGACACAAAAGACGACGCUUUCGUGAUUGGGCUUAUAAAACCCGACGAAAAGACGCUGCAUUUGUCACGUAAACUCUGGACAGAUUUUCCAUGAAAAUUGCUAAUGAAAAUGGUUGAAGUCCAAAUGCACUGCCCUUAGGGUCAAUUCCAAAUGCAAAACAUGAGAUGUUGCCCAUCCUGGUUUCCUCCCCCUUUUUCAACCCAAAAACAGCGUUGCCGGUAACAUCAAAGGCUUUCCCUAAGGUUUUUGGCUAUUAAAAUACCACGGCAAUUGGGUAACAAUCAGAUUACAAUCUUCGAUCUAACAAUGGCUAAAUCGCUCACCACUUUGAAAGUAAUAUCAAUAAACAUUACAGCCAAGACCACUUGCAAGUAUUAGAACGACAGUAUCCUGUCGUUCUCUUCACUCGAAAGUCAGUCAAUGAUCCGAAACAACCCCCAAAGAUUCACAGGGCUUUGCGUUUCGAGUCACGUCUGAAGUGUUCCAAUUACGUAAGUCCCCUUUUCUAUCUGUUCCUGCUCGACACGUCAGUAAAUAUUUUGUCUUCUCAGUUUCAAUCCUCAAAGCGUUGCUGCCCCUGGUGACCUCGUCAACCUCUUGCGGUAAGGAGCUAUAAAUAAACCCACUGUCACUAUUGUGACAGAUAUAAAAGCCAACUUGGAAUUUCGAUCAACAACACCAUUUGCUCUACAACUCAGCCCAGUGCAUACCCCAAUAAGACGCAGACGUUUCCAAGUGCAACAGAAACGAUGGCUUUAAUGCUGAACAACAUUGCUGUUACUGUCACCACGCCGUCCUUCGUGAGACCCAUUUCAAGCCCUGGGCCUUUUUCGUCUUCAAGUGGCAAUUCUGCUUACAAGAGCUCAGAGCGCAUUUUUACCUACUCUAACGCUUACCCUAUACCACACUGCAUUCACAGAAGUGGAAAUUUCGAGGUGCAAAAGAUGGACGUUUUAGACUCAAGCUCUUUAAAAUUUGACUCGGUUAUCCUGGAUGACGAUGCCUUAACAUCUCUUAUUAUAGAAAUGGAACUGGACAAAAUGAAUGUUUUACCCGAGCUUCAACUGGUAAAUGCCGAUCUGACAGACUGUAAUGUCUUAACCACCAACAGACACACAGCCUCGUAAUAAUUUGCGGACACAAGAACAUCCACAAGUAACUGUUCAGUAACUCUCUUCGGAAGGGAGACGUUCCCUCUUUUUUAUCUGGGAAAUAAUAUUCAUGCACAUCGGUUUACGCGAAUUCAGUUACAAGCUGGAUACGAAAAAGACGUUUAUUUAAGUAUACUGCGAAGAGAAUAA